GAAAUGUCAUUGCCAGGAGCCAUUAGAGACCGCAUCGGCAGCACCUAGCAGGAUGUCUCGGUAGUAUCGGUCGAUCUUUUGCUCCUGUGUCCGCGCGAUUUCCUGUGUGUUUUGGUGCGGAGCCGCUUUAGCGAAACCAAGAUGUCUGGGAUAGCGUCGGGACUCACGACAAAGGGCAGCAGUCGGCUGAAAAAGAAGCACUUCAAGCCUAAACAUCAGAAGGCAAAACUCUUCAGAGCCAACGAGCCGCUGCUCAGUGUUUUUAUGUGGGGUGUCAACCACACCGGAUACCUGAGUGCUAAGCCUCGCCCGUUGUUAAAGCACAGGUCGUCAUCUGGCCUUAUCCAGGGUUCCACAGUGGACAGGGAAGCAAGUGAAAAAGAAAGGGAAAAGGACAUUCCCACAUUGAAAGACAAUGACCUUGUCAAAGAUGGCACCAAAGUACAUAUUGGUGUCGACGCCAAGGAACGGUUCUUGGAGCUUCUGACAGCUGACGUCAAUUUCCUGGCCCAGAUGAACGUGAUGGACUACUCGCUCUGCCUGGGCAUCCACGAUGUGGAGCGGGCAGAGCAGGAAGCCCUCGAACGGGAGCGGGUCGAGGCGCUCAUGGAGGAAGCCGACAACGGCACAGGUGGCAGCGAUGCCCUGCCCCAGUCCGAGGAGGACGAAGAUUCCGCAGGAUCGGGGCUGGCCGACGCGGUACCCACUCCACCUGACUCGCCAGGCGGACGCUUUCGCAAUGAGCUGGGCAUUUCCAAUGGGCUUUUCAACCCGGCGAGGGACAUCUAUGCCAUUUGCAGUCUUGACGGUGCAGGAAAGAAAGAAGUGUACUUCAUGGCUCUAGUGGACGUGCUCACACAUUACGGCGUGAAGAAACGCACUGCGCAGGCAGCAAAGACAAUGAAGCACGGUGCAGGGGCAGAGAUCUCGACGGUGCAUCCGGAGCAGUACGCCAAGCGCUUUCUCGACUUCAUCUCCAAAGCGAUAGACUAGUGCACCUGCGGGCAGUGGUGUUGUGCUGUGUGCAUGCGUGUAAGUUUUUUUGGGGGGUGGGAAAAAGAAGGGGAGUACUUCGUUUCCGUUGCGAGGAACCGACCCGUAAUCACUGUGAAUUUGUUUUUCACCUGGCCUCGAUGGCCGCCUAUUAUAUAUAUAUUUUUUGUUCCGUCUCGAUUGUGUAAAGCCUUGGGCAUUCUGCAUGGCCCCCUUUUUUUUUCUCAAUGUGCUCCCCUGACCUGACUGCUUGUGAGGCCGUGUGUACUAUAUAUAGUACGCUGCUGGUGCACGGGCGGAGCUCUCCUUCGUUUUUGCGAGGAACUCUCGUUUCCCGAGAGCUCGAAGCUCCCGGGAGCCAAUAGCGACUGUAUUGUUUGUGGCAGUACCCCAUGCUGUGAUUUUUCGCUGCUUUUCUCUUCCUGCCUUCUUUCUUGCCCAUGGAACACUUCCUGUAAUCUGCUUCACGACAAGCACUACGUCUUUGCUCGUCAUUUUGUAGGUUGCACACAUGCAUGUCUCUACAUUAGCGCUACUGGUGCAAAACUGUUUAACGAACCGAGCGGCAAACUGCUACUCAGUGUUCCCGUGCAUGGCACACGUUCCAUUCCGGUGCCAUUUUUGUCACCGGAAAUUUACUGUAGUCACUUCCCCGGCACCCUGUAAUGCUUGCAGAACUGCUUAUAGAUUUGCAUCGGUAGCUUAGGAUAAUAUAAAUAUGUGUCUGUACAGAAUGCUUUCCUCGGGUUGUCUUUGUCCAGACUGCACUGUACUUGCGGGUUCAAGGGAGCCGUAGAUCUGUCGAUGACAUCGCAGUUUCAUCACGGGUGUCUUGGCUUAUGUCUUUCCAUGCACUGCUUUGACUGAAUGUUCUAGAAUGGGGCUGAGGAGGGAUAGUCUGGCACUGCUUACUUGCAACGCAGCAGCCAUGUUAUUGGAGAGCUUGCCUUGCACGCGGCAGGCUGAAAGCUUACAGAUGUGUGCAAGUGUGGCCAAGGGCGGUGCAAAGAUCACUUAGGUAAUGAACGUGAACAGAUUUCCGCAGUUCAUUCUCUUUACGUCGUGGUGUUUAGCGAGCUGAUGUGUAUGAUCGUCGCCGUGCUCUCUUUUUUUUUCUGUUUACGUUUCUCGCGUACUGCAAAUGUGAACGGUCGUUCGUGUAGUAUGUUGUGCACAUUGACUGAACUGUCCCGCUGUCUUGUUUUUAUUAAUCCUUGCUGAGCUGAAGACCUUGAGUGCUGCUGCUCAUGCUAUUUCGAACAUAGCAAAAGCUCAAGACAUGCUCAGACUUGUAGUAUUGAAUGUCCUAAUUUCGGCUUAAGCUCUUAUUUAAUGGCUGCAAACCUUAACGCUGCUCUUUCCCUGUUGGUGUAGUCUAGUUCUUAUAUUACCGUUGUUAAGUUUUUAUUAACCCGCGAGACUGCAUUGUCAAUUGCUUUCGGGGAGUGUGAAAGGUGAGGGGAGGAUUUCAUGCAGACACAGGUUCAGUAUUGCUUCCGUGUCUCAUACACAGUAUAUAUGGUGAUUUUGUAUGCCUGAUAGUAGCUGCGCGAGGUUAACUACUUGUCUUUUUAGAGCCAUACUGGAGCCUCCUUUUUCUCGAGCUUUUUGCAUCACCUUUUUAGCGAGGAAUGAUGAGUGAACAACAUGGUUACUGCUAAUGUUUCACGUGUGCAUGUUGUCCGUCUCCGUGCAUGUGUGUACAACACUCGUGAAUUGCGUGGUAUAGUUCUUGUUCUCUCUCUCCCCAACUACACAACUAGUCCCAAUUCCAGACCAAUCACAGUUGCGCUCAUCGAUGCCAUGUUGUUUGUGUCAUGUGACUCCCCUGAGCUGCUGCUUCUCUUUCUCGCAUCAGGAGAAUUCCUGUGCCACCCCUGCAACAAAACUCGUGUAUGCCACCUUUCUUGAGCUGCAGCCAGAUGUCUUUUUAUUUGUCUGCAAAGUCCAGUCGCAUUGCAGAGGACACAAAGAACCUGAAUUUUGCAAAUUUUUGCGCGUGUGUCAGCAUUGCGGGCAGUCAGCUUCCCCUUGCACAGAACUUCGAGAAUAGGACGGGAACUAUAAGUAGACAAAGAUUAAUAAUACUCAGUGCUAUGUUAUGUGUAUAUCGUACCGCCGGUGUUAUCCCAUGUAACACUGUUCUCCACUGCAUUGCCCACGGAAGUCUCUAGUAUCGCUCUCCGUGGGUAAGCUUUGUUUUAGCGUUACCGUACGUGUCAACGUGUAUCUAGUUGUGCAAUUUCUUUUUGCCCAUGUCCUCUUAAAGAGUUUGCUGCCAAGCUUCCCUAGAACACGUGUUUUGAAUGUCAAGCAUAAAACUUUGUCGAACAAAGCGAGUCGUAUCAUCAAGUAGUACAGUUGUCAUGCAGCGGUGGUAUGUGUACGAAUAAAUGCAAGUGAGGCAGUGUGUGUGUGUACACCCACGUACGAGAGAAAUCGGGAUGCUUCGGCUGCGAAGGUUAAUGGGUUAUUGCAAAUCGUGGUGUUGCGAACUGUAGACAUUUGAGUUUGUGGCAAAAAAAAAAAAGGAACGGCCCAAACGUUCACGGAGGUUGUGAUGUUCUUCAAAACAUGUUCAGUCUUUCUUUCUUCACUGCUAUGCAUCAGGGCUCAAAUUGAAAACAACGCAUCAAACGCCAACAGGCAUGAUCCGUUAAUGACAGCAUUCCGUACGGUGCAUCAAGCAGCUUGGUAAUCUUCUCUGGAAACUUGCACACCGAUUGUGCAUGCAAGCACUCCAUCAACGUGCGGCCCGUGACGUACUAAGUGUUGGCAAAAAUUGGUGUUUUUGGUGUCUUAGUGUGGUGCGCAAUUCUGUAGUUGCUUCCAAGUUGUGAACAUCGCAUAGUGGUUUGCAGCAUAAAAAAAAUUUCCGAAAUAAACUAGGUCACUGGGGACCUAGUUUACGUUUGGCACUGGGACAGGAGGAGGAAAAGCUGCAUUGCUUUUGUGCUGUAACGUUGCCAUACCUGAAACAAAGGGGCAGCCUCACAAAGACCCUUCACUUGUGAGUGUAUUAUUUUUAGUGUACAUAUGUUUAUUUCUAUGACACUCGAAUAAAUUUUUAGAGACACAAA